AUGGUGAUGAUCACGUUUCCAGAAGCUAUAGCUAGAGGAAGAAAGAAGAAUGAGAUUGGUGUGGUAAACCUUUGCGAUGCAAACGUGCGAAUACGAUGUCAAUCGGUGUUGCAAGAUAAACGAGAUGUAUUCUUAGCUCCGAAUCAUCAAUUUCGUUACAGAUUUGUGGACAUUGACCGAGGAAAUCGCCACUUCUGGUGUGAUGCCUAUGGUCUAUUCGGAUUUUCCGAGAAUUUUGAUGUUUAUGGAAGAGAAGCUCCUAGCAAGCGGAACAUUACUUGGUGA